AUGCUAGGAUAUCUCGUGCUUCUCGACGUUCCUUUUGUGCUCGCAUUCGACUGGGGCGAUUUUCAUAAGGUUGCUGUGAUUUUCUUUUCAUUCUUUGGACCAGGUGUCAUACUUGGAUCAGUGGCUGUAGUUGCGUACUUCGCAUGCGUGCGAUCCUGGUAUGAAUCAUUUCGAGAAGAAGUCCGGGAAACACAUCGCUCACUACAUCCUUGGCCUCCAGGCUCAGCAAAGUGGCAGUUGCAGCAGUUUAUAAAUGACAAAGCUCCGCCACCUGUUGAGCAGUUAAAUAAGACUCGACCACACAUCCCGCGACCACCAUCGGCUCAUCCUCAUCAUCGUGCAGUGAUUUCAAAGAAAGAUUUGCUCUCUCCCGGACAGCUCGUUUCACCGAUGCCAGAAUCAUCUGCUAAAAACUAUUUUAACGACCAGGAGAACUCUUCGAGUCCGGGUCUGGAAGCAUCCCCAGGACGACUCGGACAAAACGAUCAGACGAUCUCUUUGUAA